AUGGAAUCUAGUCAGAAUCUUCUCUCGGCCGCCGCUCCCUUUUCGGGAGUGGAGCAAGACGUAGAAACGGGGACCGAGACUCCUUCAACCACACAGAAUCAGGGCGGGAAUACUAGAAAUCCGAGCAUUUGGGAGCAGUCAAGUCACCCAAUAGCCUUGGGCUUCCACCUCUUAUUUCGCACCACGGCACUACUUGUCUAUCUCUUUGGUGCCUUGUUCACCUCAAAUUUUCCUCUAAUAUUUAUUAUUUGCGUAUUGUUAUUGUCGUUUGAUUUUUGGACGGUAAAGAAUGUCACGGGUCGAUUAUUAGUCGGCUUGAGAUGGUGGAAUGAUAUUCAGGAAGAUGGAACAAAUGUGUGGAUGUUUGAGAGCAGGGAUCCUUCACGGCCAAUCAAUCAAACCGACUCGAGAGUAUUUUGGAUAUCGCUUUACGUAACCCUUGUAAUAUGGUUUUUCUUUGGCUUCUUUGCUCUCAUCAAACCGCAAUGGCUUUUGAUCGUCGUCGUGGCGUUGACGCUGAAUAUAGCAAAUGUGAUUGGAUAUACUCAGUGCGAUAAAGAUGCAAAACGUAAAUGGGCCAGCGGACUUGCUGCAAGAGCAGCGUCAAGUAAUUCUGGUGUGAUUGGGAAGCUGUUCUCGUUCGGAUUUGGAAAGUUAUUCACGUAG